AUGAGUGAUCGCGAUGUCCCUAGCGUUCCAAUAACCACCCUCGCUGGUCUGACCAGCCUUUCGGAUCUGCUCAGUGAAUUGCCCAUCUCGGACUCACUGUCGGUGUCGGCUUCCCUCAACCGGUCGCUACUGUUCCAUCCGCGGGUGGCAGAGGAAGCCAACAACCUGCUCGCGACCCGAGAUGACGCGCUGACGGCCCAGCUGGUGACGGCCAUCGAGCAGACAAACUCCGACAGCAUCGAGCUGAAGGACCAGUACCCGCAGCCACAGUCGGCCAACCCUGGGGCGCCGCUCGACGGUCCGCCGCUGUUGCAAGCGAUACAUUCUUGCCGUCCGAAUGUAUUCAAGAGUCCGUACAACCCGCAAAUCCAUCAAAUGUUCAGCAGUGCUGUCACGCUGGGCGUCAGUAGUCAGCAGAUGGUCGCCCAGCAGCAUCAGCAGCAGAAAAUAACAGCAACAUCACAGACACAGUUCUAUAACCUUCCCAAUGAAUGUUACCCGAAUACACUGCAACAGCAAACGUUCAUACAGCAGCCACAGCUACAAGCGCAGACCGUGUUUCAAAGUCAACCCGCGACGAAUCUGCAACAAUUCCAACAGCAGCCACAGUUGCUACCGCAGCAAUCAUCCCAGUUGCUGCAUCAGCAGAUCAUUUUCUCAGAGCCACAAACAGCCGUUAACAGCCGGCAUCAACCGUCGCAGAAUGUGGUCUCCUUCUCCACUGUGUCGCAGCAAAUGCCUACGAUACUGUCCCAGGGGCACCAGCCAAUUGGCAUGCAGCAGCAAGUCAUUAAUGUUCAAAAUGUUCCGUACUCCUCCAAUUCUGCAGAGAAUAAUCAACUCCAACAGCAGCAACAACAGCAACAGCAGCAGCAGCAACAGCAACAACAGCAACAACAGCAACAACAACAGCUCUUCCAGCAGCAGCAACAACACAAUCAAAAUGUGAUCGUUUCACAUUCGACCCCUGUCGUAGCGAUUGCGAAUCAAACUCUGGUACCGGUAGAUUCGCUUCAACAGAGUGUCAUCCAGCAAGCGGCAUACACUUCCCAUCCAACUGGGGCGGCGGUACUGCCGGCCGGACAUGCGUUGCAACAAAACCAUUUAACACCACAGCAACAGAAUGCGAAUGUGAUAAACCCAGUUAAUAAUGUACACAGUGCCUCAAACCAGCAGCACCAAUAUCAACAGGCCCAGGCGCAACAUCAGCAAGGGCCAAUGUCCAAUAAUAGUCACACUUUGAUUCCGCACGACCAGUUAAUGCAAUCUCAGCCACAGCACCACCAACAAUCUCACCUAAACAAUGGCAGCCCCGCGGUGGUUGGGCCCACGGGAAUGACCCAUCAACCGACACCGUACCAGCACCACCAGCAGCAGCAGGGUCAGGGUCAGCAUUACAAUAACGGUAGCAGUGUGGGGAAACUAUCGGAAACGGCACCACGCAACAAUGAGUAUCUCCAGCAACAGCAGAGCAAAAACUUGGAUGCCCGAGGGCGACCGUCGCCGGCCCAAGGAAGUACUGCGCCGGAAACGGUAUCAUCCCAGCAGACGACCACUCCGUUCAAGGGUCCGCAGCAGGCUCAAACGCAGGGCGGCGCUGGGCAUCGGUAUCCGGGGGCGCCACUGCUGACAUCCAACAAACCUCGACCCCCGGGAGCAGGUGGAGGAGGUGCCGGUGGAGUCACAGCGAUAGCAAUAAGUCCCGCCAUUUGCCCGAUCAAUGUCAGUGGGGCGUUGAUCAAUUCGGCCUCUCACCAGCAGCAGCAGCAACAGCAGCACCAAACAGCCGUCAAUCGUGCUGUGUCGGCUGCCGUGCAAUCGACCAGCAGCGCUGCUGGAAGUGGUCCAUCGAAACCGGUUCCCACGGCCCCCGCAGCUCCGAUCGAUCCGAAGGUUCUGCACCGGUUCGUGCCACUCGAUGAGCUACACAGUCUGAAGAUGCGCAAUCUGACGGUUUGCCUCGAUCGACUGACCGACAAGCAGAUCGGUUUGCUGCAGACGGACGUGAAGCAGUUCAUCACCGAAGAACCCCAGCUGGCGGAACGCAUGGGGCUGGCGAAGCGAACGUACGAUCAGAUCUUUAGCAAGAUGAAAGAGGAGCAUCGUAGCGUUUGGGCACUGAAGCGCAGGGCUCAGGAGCAGCGGGCCGAAGAGAACCCGGAAGACUACCUGAGUAAGCCGAAAGUGAGGCGCAUCGAGCGGCCGACCGCACCGGUGGCCGUGAAGCGGAUGUCGAAGGAGGAGCUGAUGGCCACCACCGCCUACCAGCGGUUCGUGUCGCUGAUGGGGAAGGUGUUCGAGCAGCUGGACGAAACGGAACCACAGACCGUGGAGGAGGAGGGUGCCGACGGCGGGGAGCAGUACGAGUGCAUACCGACCAGUCUGCUGAACAGCAUCAGUGCGGAGGCAAUCAAGCUGAAGGCACGCCACGGUAUCGACGCAAUUCCGGAGACCAAACUAACCCUGCUCGUUCGGUACGCGAUGCGCUCCGUGCACGCGGCACGCAAUCUGAGUGGCUCCGAGCUGCAGGACGAUCUGGUCGGUGACGAGUGCAUCGAGAAGAUAUUGAACGCGGUCGAGGCCGCCCUGCUCAUCUGCUGUCUGUACACGAGCAAGAGCACCAAGUUCCUGCAGGAGGACAACAUUGACGCGAUCAUCAAGCUGGUACAGUUUCAGCUGCGCGAAACGUUGUUCGCGUCGUUCGAUCCGGUUUAUUCGGUCGAAACGAAGAAAAAGGGCGGCGAUGGGCGAAAGAAGAAGAUGGUCAGCUACCAGCAGAAGGGCAUUUCGGUGCUGUACGCCAAGAUCGUGGAGCUGACCAAGCAGCUGGUGACCAUGUUUGAAGCGUUUCACUUUGUCGACACGAUUGUGAUACACGCGUCGUCCCUGGGCGUCGAACCGUUCUUCGUGGACAACAUCGAAACGCUGCAGUUCGUGUGUCUCGAUCUGGUGACGACGAUCUUCCAGAACGAAAAGUAUGCCCACCAUCGGCGGAACAUUGUGUCGGACAUACUUACCUCGUUCGAUCGGUUGCCCCACUCGAAGCGAAACCUGCGGCCGUACAAGCUCGUCAACAACGGGGGCAACAUUCAGAUGAUCACCGCGCUGGUGCUGCAGCUGAUCCAGUCGUCGGUCAUUCUGCCCGACACGUAUGGCCCGGAAGCCGGCGGUGGCGGGGCAUCGGGAAAGCAGCGUAACAACGCGACGGUUGCCGAUCCAAAGUUGGACGGUGCGUCGAGCGCCAAGAGUACCGAUCUGUUCAUCUUCGGCAAGUACAACACGGCGACGAGCAUCGGGGGCAACUUUCUGACUACCUUUCUCGACAAGUGCAAGAGCCGUUCGAACGAAACCGACUUUCGGCCACUGUUCGAGAACUUUAUCCACGAUCUGCUGACGACCGUCAACAAACCGGAGUGGCCGGCCGCAGAGCUGCUGCUCAGCCUGCUCGGUACGAUGCUGGUGCGCAAAAUGUCGGACAAGUCCGUGGAGCAGUCGAUACGGGUCGUGUCGCUCGAGUACCUGGGCAUUGUCGCGGCGCGCCUUCGCAAGGAUACGGUCGAGUCGCGGUGCAAGGUGAAGACGAUGGACACGCUGAUCCGGUACAUAAAGAUCGAGCAGGAAAAGGAAGGCGACGAGUCGGUGGCGGACAGUAAGUUCCAGCUGGACGCGGAGGAAGAGCGGACGGAGUUUUUGCAAAAGAUUCUGCUCGAUUUCCUCGCGGUGAACGCGCACGAGGGCAACGUGGUGUGGAACCAUGCGCGCCACUUCUACAUCACGCAGUGGUGCCGGGACUUGUUGCAGCGCAAAAAGAAGAUUGCCGAAGGCGAGAAGGGUUACGCGUCGCGGAAGAAGGGCGGCGCGAAGAGACGGAAAAAGUUCCCCACCAGCGAAUCGGACGGAUCCGACGAAGGUGACUCGGCGGACGGUGGCGAUGAUCCGCUGCGGGACGGUGUCGAUCAGGAGCUGAACAGUGAAAUCUUUCGCAUGCUGGACAACCGGAAGCAGUACUACCUGAAGCAGAUUGCACCGUUCCAGCGCGGUACCGGGCCAGCGGGGCCCGGUGGCAAAGCGGGUGCGGUGGGAAACUAUGAGAUCAAAACGUACAUCGAUUACAGCAACGCCAAUCUGAUCGCGCAGUAUCUGGCCAGCAAGCGACCGUUUUCGCAGAGCUACGACAAGUAUCUGCAGAAGAUCAUCCUGGUCGUGCGGGAACCGGUCGUCGCGAUACGGACGCGUGCGAUGAAGUGUCUGGCCAGUAUCGUGGAAGUUGACCAGAUGGUGCUUGCCCGAAAGGACAUGCAGAUGGGCGUGCAGCAGAAGCUGCUCGACACGGCGAUCUCGGUGCGCGAGGCGGCCGUCGAUCUCGUCGGCAAGUACAUCCUCUCCGAUCCGGAUCUGAUCGAUCAGUAUUACGAAAUGAUAUCGGCGCGGAUAUUGGAUACGGGUGUGUCGGUGCGGAAACGGGUCAUUAAAAUACUACGCGACAUCUGUAUCGAGUAUCCGGCGCAGGAAAAAAUACCGGACAUCUGCGUGAAGAUGAUACGGCGGGUGAACGAUGAGGAGGGUAUCCAGAAGCUGGUGAUGGACGUCUUCAUGACGAUGUGGUUUACACCGUGCAAUGAUAAUGAUAAGGCUGCAAUGGAUAGAAAAAUUACUCAGAUCAUAGACGUUGUGUGUUCGUCGCACGAAACGGGAACACAAGGAUUCGAUGCGCUGCUAAAAACGAUAUUCGAACCAAAAGAGAACAAGGAGGACUCGAAGCAGAAGAAGGAGAUCCCGCUAACGCUGAUCAAAGCCUGCCAGCAGAUCGUGGACGGGUUGGUCAACGCCACGAUGCGCCUGGAGGGUGCAGAAAAUAAGCGCCUAGUCGGGUGCAUCACGGCGCUGCAUCUGUUCGCCAAGAUUCAGCCGCAGCUGCUGGUGAACCACGCCAUUACGCUGGAACCGUACUUGAACACGCGAUGCCAGAACGCGAUCAUGACAAAGUUCGUGAGUUCGAUAGCGGAAAUUUUGGAACAGGUCGUUCCACUGAUGGACCAUCCGAGCGAAGUGUUCCUGGCUGAUCUCGAAAAGCAUCUGAUGGUACAGAUCGUGUCACAAAACCGGACGAUCGUGCAGAAUUGCGUUUCCUGCUUGGCGACGGUAGUGAACAAGAUCACAAAGAACUACAAACUUAUUCGGGAUUGCUUUUACAAGCUCUACUACGAAGGUUUGGUGAAGACUAAGGACAAGCUACGGGCGGAUCCAUCGUUACCGAUCGAGCAGUAUUACAAGCCACUGUUCAGGCGCAGCAUCUAUACCGUCGGGCUUAUUCUGCGAUACUUUGAUUUUCGGCUACCGGAAGUCUAUGGCGCACCGCAAAGUACGGACGACUCCAACGUUCGACGGACCGCAUUGCCGCCAAACAUCUGCGAGGACGUGUUCGCGACGCUGGCAUUUUUUCUCUCGUGCGCGCACCACGAAGUGUGCCGGGAGGCACUCACCUCCAUGGGGAACUUUUGCGUGAAGAACUACGAAUAUCUUACCAAAGUCGAGCUGCGCGACUACUACAACUAUCUGCUUACGCAGGACACCGUGCUGACGGACAUGAAGAUUACGGUGCUGAAGAAUAUUCUCAUGUAUCUGACCGAGGAGGAGAACAAGAUGGUGCGCAAUGACAAAGAAUGGUCAAAGCAAUCGCAAACGGAGGAUCUGAAAGAGAUGGGCGACGUGUCGUCGGGCAUGGCGAGUCGCGUGAUACAGAUCUACCUGAAGGAGAUCCUGAAAAGCUUCCUGCAUCGCGACAGCGGGGUGCGUUUGUGGGCGAUGCGGGUCAUCGAGAUUGUCCUACGCCAGGGGUUGGUCCAUCCAGUACAAAUAGUUCCUUAUCUAAUAUGCUUAAGUACAGAUCCGGAGAAAGAGGUGGCACACAGUGCCGAUCGUCACUUGCAAGAGAUCGAAAAGCAGUACCCGGGUUUUGUAAAUAUGAAGUCACAGAAUGGCAUGCAGCUGUCGUACGAGCUGCAGGAGCUCCUCCAGCGGCAUGGCGAUGGUGUCGCUCCCAGUCUCAUCCGCGGGUAUCGCAUGAAAGAUCCACAGGAACCACCGGCCGCCAUGAACGGGUUCCUGUACACGCUGCUGAGGGGCACGAAACCGCAACGCCGGGCGCUGGUCCAAUCGAUCACAAAGCAAUUUGACGACGAAAAGAUCAGCCUGCGGCAGAUGCUCUACCUUGCCGACAACCUGGCCUACUUUCCGUACGUCGUUCAGGACGAACCACUCUACAUUAUACAUCACGUGGACGUUCUAAUCUCCGUCACUGGCACGAACCUGCUGGCAGCCUUCCGGGAAGGUUUGAAACCGUUGCCAGGCGCCGAGCCGACUACCACCGAGCAGGCACACCCCCUCGAAGACGACGACGAUGACGAUCAAGAAGCAAUACUAAAUCGUCUUCCCGAAGACACUUCCGAGCUAAACAGCUGUAUCCGCUCAGCCCAAGGUUGCAUGCUACUGCUAAUACUCAAGCAGCAUCUGAAAGAUGUCUACGGUAUCACCGACAGCAAAAUUUCGCGCUACUCCCCAUCGGAGGGUGGCAAAAUCUACGACAAAGCAAUGCAACGAAGGUCUAACUCGAUGUUCGACCCGAAGGCAGCGAUCGCGGUGCUGAAAGAGAACCGUUCGUCGAACAGUGCCAAGACUGAACAGGACCGGGUGGAGCUGGUGAAACGCUACCUGGACUUCAAACAACUGAUGCUGAAACUCGAUCCCGACGAUCCGGAUCUACUGGAGGAGGACGAGAAAGCUAACUCGACGAGUGGGACUCCCGUUAAACAGCACCCUGCCGCCACUUCGUCGGCAGCCUCGGGCGCUGCUUACCAUCCAGCGGCGGCGAUGCAACAGCUGAACAAUACGCAAUAUAAUCACAACAUGGUGGAAACCAACAAUCUGCACGUCAACAACGUGAUGGUUGUGAACAAUGUCGCCGGUGUCGCUAAUGCAAUGCAGCGGAACGACGUUAGCAACCGAUCAUCAGCACAGGCGAUCGGUAACAUCGUCCCUCCCAAGACACCGAAAGCGGCGACGAAAAGUCAAUCCACGGGCUCGGCACGAAAACAAGGAGCGACGGCCAACGUCACGCUACGGGCGGUGCGCAAGAAGAAACGAAAAAUUUCAAGCUCCGAAGAGGAGGACAGUGACGGCAGUGAAGGGGAUUACGAUUAGAGCCCCACAACAGCGACCGAGCCCGCCCCAAUUUGCGUUACCACAGCUUGGAUGCGACAAAACGUACCAUACAAGUACCUCAUGUAUGAAUUAACUCACACUUUCUCCACAGAAACGGUUUCGGCUCUGUUUUGUGCUGUUUUCAAUGCUCAACUAUGUCUCCUUUAUUGCUUGUUUAGAUGGAAUGACGGGAAAGAGAAGGUCCCAUAAUUGUAAACUAGUGCAUUAGAAUCGGAUACCUAUUUUUUCACUUUUCCACCCCCCCUUAUUCAGCGUUCAAUCCAAUAAAUUACCUUCUGAUAAUUUAAUGUCCCGUUGAUGCUGCUGCAGCACAAUGAAAGUUGCAUUUUCAUCAUUUAAUCAGCUUGUACUCUGUGAAUUUCGUGUCUAUAACGUAGGCGAUGCACAUUCGCGCAGCGAAAAGAGGG